GCCACCCCAGCCCAGACCCGAAGGCCCGGCCCGGCCCGUGGCUCCACGCACCCAGCGAGCGCCUUCUCCGCACCAGGGCAGCCCCAUCCACCUGAAGCCAAGAUGUCCAGCAAGCGGGCCAAGGCCAAGACCACCAAGAAGCGGCCACAGCGAGCCACAUCCAAUGUCUUCGCCAUGUUUGACCAGUCCCAGAUCCAGGAGUUUAAGGAGGCCUUCAACAUGAUUGACCAGAACCGUGACGGCUUCAUUGACAAAGAGGACCUGCAUGACAUGCUGGCCUCGAUGGGGAAGAACCCCACGGACGAAUACCUGGAGGGCAUGAUGAGCGAGGCCCCGGGGCCCAUCAACUUCACCAUGUUCCUCACCAUGUUUGGGGAGAAGCUCAACGGCACGGACCCCGAGGACGUGAUCCGCAAUGCCUUCGCCUGCUUCGACGAGGAGGCCUCGGGUUUUAUCCACGAGGACCACCUACGGGAGCUGCUCACCACCAUGGGUGACCGAUUCACUGAUGAGGAAGUGGACGAGAUGUACCGCGAGGCACCCAUUGAUAAGAAAGGCAACUUCAACUACGUGGAGUUCACCCGCAUCCUCAAACACGGCGCCAAGGACAAAGACGACUAGGCCACCCUAGCCCUCCUAACACCAAGUCCCUUCCCCAGUCACCCCACACACACUCCCCUGUACCAGCUCCAUGCCCGCGACCCUGUGGGACCCUCUCAGGGGGUCCUCCCUUUGAGGGGUGAGGGUCCCAGGUCCCAAUGGAGGAAAUGGGCCAAGUGGUGCCAGGCAAGGGGCACAGAGCCAGCUUGAGGCAGAUGUCCCCACCAUGACCUCAGAGGCCUGGAAGGGAGGCUGUGGCCCCUCCAGGGAAGGACCAUCUUCUGGGCAGAUGGGCCAGAGGGUAGGACCUGGAGGCAUUGAGGGAGGCCCCAAAGGAGAGUCCGGGCCUCUGCUGUGGCCUGCUCGCUCCUGGGCUGCCCCCAGGAGGAAGGGAUCCUGUGUCCUGGUAUCAGACACCACGUCAUGUGCAUCCCCACACUCACACACGAGCUCACUAAGGUCCCCUCUCAGAGGGCAGACCGCCAGACCCCUCCCUUACGCCCUGUCCUGCCACCAGAGCACCCGCCCCCACCACGGGAGUGUGCACAAGACGACGCAUGUAGAGGGGAUAUGUGUCCCAGGAGGCAGAAUCUCCAAUAGAAGGAUGAGCACGGCUUCGGGUCUGUG